AUGGGGAGAAAGAGCGGAGAGACUGUGGCAUUUAUAACGCUAGCUUUGAUACAAGGUAUAGGCUCUGUGCUAGCCAAUGACUUUCUGAUGUAAAUUCAGGUAAUAUUUGUUGUUUACAUUACAGUGAAUAAUGCACUGUCUUUUUUUUUCAAAAGUUCUGGUGUCUGAUGCUGUGGAGAUCAAGCCCUCUAAAAACCCUGCUGCGGUCGGGGACACGCUGACCCUGUCUCUGUCUCCUUCAACAUCUUUUCAAAGCGGGAGCUGGGCUGUCGGGGAAUCCCAAAUCCUCACCUGGCUCGGGGCGCAGCAGGCUGUCUUCCCCAGUCACAGUGGCAGAGCGUCGGUCGAUGUACUCACUGGUGCUCUCACCCUGAGCUCUGUGAAGGUGACAGACUCAGGGGUCUAUAUUGUGCAGAGCACUGACCCCCAGCUCAAGGCAAAUACCUCCAUCACUGUCCUGGGUAAGAAUAAAAUACUUUAUAUAUGGUACAGAAAGUUUGGUCAGAAGCAACAGGAACUUAUGCGUGUAGUUUCCUCUGAUUUAAAAUAUUGUCACACUGUCCUUGACCUUUGUAAACUAUAUUGAUAAACUUUUAAGUAAACAUCAAGUUAAUCCAAGAGUUUUAGACAGUUUAAACAUUACUACUUGAAUAAAUAUUUCAUAUAGUUAGUAUAGUUGUUAGUCUCAUUACUCAGUGCAGAUUAAAAAACAGGCUCUGCUGUAGGAGGUCCCUGUAAACACAUGCAGUAAAUCCUACAGGAACUCGUGUUUCUGCCACGUGAUAUUUAUAAAAUUAGACGCGCACAGUUUUUUUUGCCGCCCCUUUGCUUACAUGAUGCCGUUCACCUUUCAUCAGUUUCUGUGUGCGUCAACACUCACCUCUACCUCUAUCUUGUUUUACUGUGCUACACUCGGCCUAGUUCUGCGGGGUCAGUAGUCCUCGUAGACAUAUCUCUGCCUCUGCUCACAGAACUAAAUCUAUUGAAGUUAACCUCUUUUUUUAUAUUUCUUUAAAUUAGCAUUCCAAAAUGAGUUUACUACAACUAUUCACUUAACAGGUUACAAAGUCUUCUGUCUGUAGCAUUAACCAUAACUUUAUGUAACUGCAUCAUUUUUGUUAAAAACAAACUUUUAAUGAAGUAUUUGCACUUUUUUUUUUUACUUAGAGACCCCAUUGAGGGAAAAUGUUUGAUGUACUAGUUGUUAAGAUUUGCAUCAUCAAACCCGACAAAUUGACUUACAUUUUUUUAAAUGAAAUGACCCCUUACGAAACGCUUGUUUUCUUUUUAAAAAGACUAAAAGUGUCUCUACAAACAAAUCAAUUUAUCAAAAAAAGGUCAUUCAUUUGUAAGUUAAUCCUUGUGUAUUAUAUGAUUAUUCAAAUUGUCUUUUUUUCUUUUUAGUUCAGAGGUUUGGGAUUUUGUGCUGGACUUGAUUUAAAUGUGGUUUUGUAAUGUUCUUUCUCCCUCAUGGUUGUAAAUUAAAAAGAAUAAAAACAUCUGUUGAUACAUAUCACCUUUAUCCGUCUCUAAACAUGCAAAAUCCCCACUCCUCCUAAACCUCCACUGAGUUUUCCUAUAACAACAAACAUAAUCAUGUGUUUUAUUGAUCUCUCUGUCCCUCACAGAGGCCGUUUCAAAUGUGACGGUGAAGGCGACUCAAACCAGCCUGAUGGAGUCCAACAGCUCAGCUGUCAUCACUUGCUCUGUCUCCUCUGGAUCGUCCCCCACUUUCCUCUGGAUGAACGGCAGCUCUGAGGUCACAGCCAGUGACAGAGUUCAGCUCACGGAUGGAAACUCCACUCUGACCAUCACCAACAUGACCCGCUAUGACCAGGGACCCUUCAGGUGUCAUGCGUUCAAUCUUGUCAGCAAUGGAAUCAGUGAUUCAGUCAACUUUACUAUCAUCUGUAAGUAGGAUGGUGUCAUUCAUUCCUGAUCUGCUUUAUCAAUGCUAUAAAGCUCCCACCCAGAGCCUGACACCAGAGCAAGAGACAGCUGUGUAAAAAAGGUGUGGUGGCCCAUUAACAGUUGUUUGCUCUCUCUUCUUGCCUCCUCAGAUGGUCCAGAUAACAUGGCACUGACAGUAAAUGGACAGAAUACUACCUCCUUUACAGCUGGGUCCAAUCUGACCAUGCUCUGUUCAGCACAGUCCAACCCUCCAGCUCAGCUCCAGUGGGCUUUCAAAGGAGAGCUCACCAACACUUCAGGCCCACUGUGGGAACUGCUCGGUGUCACCAAAGAUCAGAGCGGUCCUUAUUCAUGUCUGGCCUUCAACAAUCGCACCAACAUGAACAGCAUGAUUACCAUGAACAUCCUGAUAGCAAGUGAGAUAGUUGUACAAUUCUGUCGGUCUGAGUUUUUCCACAUAUGCUCCUAAUUUCAUCCUCUUUUUGUUUGUGUCUGCAGGAUCAUCUGAGCAGACAGUCUCUGUGUGGCUCCUGCCUCUGCUGUUACUGACUGGACUGCUCCUCUAA